UCCUCAAGGGAAAGCUCGGCCACGCCGAAAAUUCCGCGAGAUGGGCGUCUAAAUCUUUCGAGUGAAAAGCAGAAAGCUGCCAGGCCCUACACGCCCUCUGGUCAGACGCCGUACCUCACCCCGUACUCGACCCCCCGUCACGGCACGCAGCACCCGUCGUCCCAGUCGCAGCGGGUGACGACGGCGGCGGCGGCACCAGCGCCGUCCUCCGUCUCCGUUCCUUCUUCCUUCGACCGUCACUCGCAGUCCAAGUACAAUCCGAGUGGAGUGACGUCGCACGACCCGAACCAUUGGCACCAGGCGGCUAGUGCCUGGGCUCACCGGGCUUCGAAGCCUCCAGGCUCCCGCACCCCGAGAACACCCGCGUAUGAAGAUCGAGGGCCGUCGACACCCGUGGCUGCACCAGCGUAUGACGACGGGACUCCUUUGUAUGAUGAAUAA